CCGCACGCCCGGGUUCUCGUACUUAUUGGGGUGCGGUCACGUGUUCUACUUUUGACCAGGAAAGUAGCACCGACCAAGCAGAGUUUCUGGUAGUGGGAGCUGCACCUCUGCCGCAGUCUGUACUCUGUCGUCGCAUCUCUUGUUUCUGCUGACCAGCACACCUGACAGACAGCGAGUCCUCAAGCCCAAGGAGGGUUUCAUCUGCUAUCUACAAGGCUUAGAGUGCGCAUAAACCUCGUUUCUUUUCUAUAUAAUCAGAGGGGUUACUAGAAACCCUAGACGGCAUUAUGAUGGCUGUCGAACCCCAAGUGCAAUAUAACACCUCGUAUAUGAUGAGCGAGGAGCAUCAGUAUAUGUCUCCGGAGGAUGAGUGGGACAGGGACCUACUGCUGGACCCCGCCUGGGAGAAACAGCAGAGAAAGACGUUCACAGCCUGGUGUAACUCCCACUUGAGGAAGGCAGGGACACAGAUCGAGAACAUCGAGGACGACUUCAGGAAUGGCCUCAAACUCAUGCUGCUGCUGGAGGUCAUCUCAGGUGAGAGGCUGCCCAAACCCGACAAAGGCAAGAUGCGUUUCCACAAGAUUGCAAAUGUGAACAAGGCCCUGGACUUCAUCUGCAGCAAGGGAGUCAAGCUGGUGUCCAUCGGCGCUGAGGAGAUCGUCGACGGUAAUACGAAGAUGACCCUGGGAAUGAUCUGGACCAUCAUCCUGCGUUUCGCCAUUCAGGACAUCUCCGUGGAGGAGACCUCUGCUAAGGAGGGUCUUCUUCUGUGGUGCCAGAGGAAGACUGCCCCCUACAGGAACGUUAACGUGCAGAACUUCCACAUCAGUUGGAAGGAUGGCCUGGCACUGUGUGCCCUCAUCCACAGACACAGACCUGACCUCAUUGACUACUCCAAACUGAGAAAGGAUGACCCCAUCGGUAACCUCAACACUGCCUUCGAGGUGGCUGAGAAGUACCUGGACAUCCCCAAGAUGCUCGACGCUGAAGACAUUGUGAACACCCCCAAGCCUGAUGAGAAGGCCAUCAUGACCUACGUGUCCUGCUUCUACCACGCCUUCGCUGGUGCUGAGCAGGCUGAGACAGCAGCUAACAGGAUCUGUAAAGUGCUGGCUGUGAACCAGGAGAAUGAGAAACUCAUGGAGGAGUAUGAGAAGCUGGCCAGUGAGUUGCUAGAGUGGAUCCGCAAGACCAUCCCGUGGCUGGAGAACCGCAUGGCGGAGCAGCAGAUGAAGGCCAUGCAGCAGAAGCUGGAGGACUUCAGGGACUACCGCCGCAUCCACAAGCCUCCCCGCGUCCAGGAGAAGUGUCAGCUGGAGAUCAACUUCAACACCCUGCAAACCAAGCUGAGGCUGAGCAACCGGCCCGCCUUCAUGCCCUCUGAGGGAAAGAUGGUCUCGGACAUAGCCAAUGCAUGGAAGGGUCUGGAGCAGGUGGAGAAGGGAUACGAGGAGUGGCUUCUUACUGAGAUCAGACGUCUGGAGAGACUGGACCACCUGGCUGAGAAGUUCAAGCAGAAGUGUUCCCUGCACCAGUCCUGGACCUCAGGUAAAGAAGAGCUGCUGUCCAUGAAGGACUAUGAGUCGGCCUCUCUGAUGGAGAUCAGGGCUCUGAUGAGGAAACACGAGGCCUUUGAGUCUGACCUGGCCGCUCACCAGGACCGAGUGGAGCAGAUCGCCGCUAUCGCCCAGGAGCUCAAUGAGCUGGACUACCAUGACGCGUCCUCUGUGAACGCCCGCUGCCAGGGCAUCUGUGACCAGUGGGACAACCUGGGUACGCUGACGCAGAAGAGGAGGGACUCCCUGGAGCGCGUGGAGAAACUGUGGGAGACCAUUGACCAGCUGUACCUGGAGUUCGCCAAGAGGGCGGCGCCCUUCAACAACUGGAUGGACGGAGCCAUGGAGGAUCUGCAGGACAUGUUUAUCGUCCACAGCACCGAGGAGAUCCAUUCUCUGAUUACAGCCCAUGACCAGUUCAAGGCCACCCUACCAGAGGCUGAUAAGGAACGCAUGGCCACCAUGGGCAUCCAGAGCGAGAUUGUGAAGAUCGCUCAGACUUACGGCAUCAAGCUGUCAGGAGUCAACCCCUACACCAACCUCUCCCCCCAGGAUAUCACUAACAAGUGGGAGGCGGUGAAGCACCUUGUUCCUCUCAGGGACCAGAUGCUGCAGGAGGAGGUGGCCAGGCAGCAGGCUAACGAGAGGCUGAGGCGCCAGUUCGCUGCCCAGGCCAACAUCAUCGGACCCUGGAUCCAGACCAAGAUGGAGGAGAUUGGUCAUGUGUCUGUGGACAUCGCCGGUUCUCUAGAGGAACAGAUGAACAAUCUCAAGCAGUAUGAACAAAACAUUAUCAACUACAAGUGUAACAUCGACAAACUGGAGGGAGACCACCAGCUCAGCCAGGAGUCCCUCAUCUUUGACAACAAACACACCAACUACACCAUGGAGCAUAUCCGUGUGGGCUGGGAGCAGCUGCUGACCACCAUCGCCCGCACCAUCAACGAGGUGGAGAACCAGAUUCUGACCCGCGAUGCCAAGGGUAUCAGCCAGGAGCAGCUCAACGAGUUCAGAGCCUCCUUCAAUCACUUCGACAGGAAGAGAAACGGCAUGAUGGACCCCGACGACUUCCGUGCCUGUCUCAUCUCCAUGGGUUACGAUCUGGGUGAGGUGGAGUUUGCCCGCAUCAUGACCUUGGUGGAUUCAAACAACACAGGCGUGGUCACCUUCCAGGCCUUCAUCGACUUCAUGACCCGUGAGACGGCCGAGACAGACACUGCUGACCAGGUCAUGGCUUCCUUUAAGAUCCUGGCCUCCGACAAGGCCUACAUCACGGUUGAUGAGCUGCGCAGAGAGCUGCCCGCAGAGCAGGCUGAGUACUGCAUCAGCCGCAUGACCAGGUACAUUGGAGCCGACGGCCCAGCCGGAGCCCUCGACUACAUCUCUUUCUCCAGCGCACUCUAUGGAGAGAGCGACUUGUAAACCCCCUCUCCUGUAUGGAGAGAGCGACUUGUAAACCCCCUUUCCCCCUCUUCUCGUCUUCCCUUCAUUUUCCCUCUCUCCUCUAUGGAGAGAGCGACUUGUAAAACGCCUCCUGCUCUUUCUUCCCUCCAUCCUCUCCCUCCUGUACAGAGAGAGGUUUAGUUACCCCUUCCCUUCCCCUCUCCUCUUUUCCCCUUCCACACUCCCCAGCCCUAUACCUCGCCUCCUCAAAUAAUAUUACAAUUCCUAUUAUUUGGAAGGGUUUAAAAGAAAACAAUGAAAUACUGGUUGGUUGGUUGUGUAUUGAUGCAGAUGCAUGCUCUGUUUGUAGUAGAAAUGCUGUCCAUGUUGAAUGGUUGAAUCUCCCCCCCCCCAACACACACAUCCUUUAUAGCAGCUCCCUGUCCCCAUGCAAACACCCCUCUCUUUCCACAGAAACGUGUAAUGUUGUCCCAAUGCUUUCAUAAUGUUGUAAUUAGGUAUUUCAGAGAGUAUAGGGUGCCAUCAGAAGAGAGCAGUGAAUUGUGGGUAAAAGGUAGUUAACCCCUGAUCUCUGAUCAACUUGUUUAGGGGUGAGGACACUGACAGGAAUAAUUAUUUUUGACUGGAGGAUAGGGUGAGGAUGCUGACAGGAAGGAUCAUUUUGAUUGGAGGAAUCAAAGAUAAAGGAGUAUAAUAACUGUUAUGGCCAGAAUGAAGCGUGUCGGUCACCUCUCUCCUCUGUCUCAUCCCUCGAUCAUCACUCCAUCAUCUGUACCAGGUAUAUGACUACACCAAUAGAAUGAUAUAAUAUGUAAUAUUUUACAUAUACUAUUUCAUAUCAUGUCCAAUGAAACCAUAUUGAGGUUGUCUGCUUGCUGUGCAUUUUGAGAGGAGCGAGAGACAGGUAGAGGUGUUGAGUAGUGAAAAAGAGCGAGAGAGAAGGAAAUCAGGUAAUGUUCUGGAGAUAAAGGAAUAUGGACUCAGGAACCCUGUGUCCAGGUAUGGUGAAACAAAGCUAGGCCCAGGCUUCAUCCAAAAUGGCACCCUAUUCCCCAUAGGCUCUAGUCAAAAGUAGUGCACUACAUAGGUUAUAGGGUGCCAUCUUGGACUCGGUGUGUAGCCUAACUAUCUAUGCAAGGAAGCUUUUAGGUUGUGGUCCAGUUCAAUAAGAGGAUGGCUGCGUUCCAGGCUGACCACACCGCAUACGGCUGCCAGAUCUCACAACGCCUGGAUACGUGUUAAACACAUCAGCUAACCGCAUCAUAUGGUAUAGCAAUCUGAUGCCUGACUGUACAGUUGAUGAGGUGGCACUCAACCAUUUGCAAUGUAAUUGGCCUGGAACAUGACAUGUUUAAAACAGAACCUGAGAAUGUCAGCCAUGAAGUGAGCAAGGGUAUUCUAAUGACAGUGGGCAAUCCUCAAAUCUGCACCCAAUUCCCUAUGUCGUGCACUAGUUUUGACUCGAUCCGAAGUCGCCAAGUGCACUACGGAGGAAACAGGGUGUCAUUUAGGACAGCGACAGAACCAGUAACUCCCCUUUGCGGGGAUUCUUUCUCUUCUGUCUUCUCUAUUAUCCCUUCCUCCUGUUUUCCCUCUAUUCUAUCACCCGCUACAAGAGCUUGCUUCCACACAAUCCUUCAAAGUUAAAGUCACACCUUGGAAUAAAUAAAAAAGGAAAACUAUAUUACUAUAUGAA